AUGGACUUUUAUUAUGUUCUAAACACCAUUGAUGGGAACCGUGACAGUGUUUUGGCACAUGGCUCCUGCACACUGAGAAGGAACCUAACCCAUGGUGGUGAUUGGACCUGCUUCAUCACCAUCACCAACAGAAUUUAUUGUUGUUCCAGCAGACUGAAUGGAGCUGAGAUCCGGAUCGGAGACUCUGUGGACGACAACAAUGGCAACAACAAUACCAGGUGAACUAUGGGAGUUGUAGUUCCACUGAGUUGCUAAACUGGGCAAAUUGUACAAUUUGUUAGCAUUAUUGUGAGUUCACAUGGGACUGUGUGCAAACGGACUCACAGUUACUAUUUCUGCAGUAACUUAUAAUUUUGGUUCAUCCUGCAGAUGUGCUUUGAUCGCUUCUAUCCCAACAGGCGCCUCUAGCACCUUCCAUUGUAACUGCAUGGAGGGGCAAUACAUCAAUUUGGUCAUUCCAGGGAGGAAGGAGUACCUGACCCUGUGUGAGGUGGAGGGACUACGGAGCACCACAUGA